UGCGGUGCGGUGGGGAUGGGAAUGUCUGUACGGUGAGCGGCAGGCACGGAUGGGCACAUCUGUACGCUGCCGUGCAGAGCCGCGCCGCGCGGAGCGGAGCGGCGCCACCCCGUCCCGCCUCCCGGUGCCACCGUGACCCUGCCGCCGAUCACUUCCAGGGCGGCCCCGGCUCCCGAUUUGAAAAUGCGGGAGCGGCUGCUGGUGCUCCUGUGCGCGCUGGCGCGGCGGCGGCGGCGGCGCGCCGGGGCCAUGGCCGGGAACGGCACCGGCACCGGGAGCGGCGCCGGCAGCGGGAGCAGCGCCGGCGCCGGGGGCUGGGACGGGCCGCAGCGGCGCGCCUGGCUCCGGCACUACUACAGCCAGCGGCAGAAACGGCUCAUGACGCUCCUCAUCGCUCACAGGAGGAGAACCAGCUGCUGCUUCUACCCCCGCGCCUGGCCCAGCCUCAGGAGCACGGACUGGUGGGAGCAGGUGGUCCUGAAGGAGUUUGGGCCCCAGGACUGGCUGGAGAAGUUUCGGAUGUCCAAGGAGACUUUCUUCUACAUCUGCAACCAGCUGCGGCCUGGGCUGGCUCCGCACAGCGCCCACUUCCACCCCACCCUGCCACUGGAGAAAAGGGUGGCUGUGGCCCUGUGGCACUUGGCCACCAACGUGGAGUACCAGACUCUGAGCCCGCUCUUUGGCGUGGGGCCCUCCACGGUGCAGAGCUGUGUCCGGGAGGUGAGCUAUGCUGUCGUCCUGCUGCUGAAGCCGCUUUACCUCCGGCUGCCUGACGAGAAGGAGCUGGAGAACAUGGCGCGCAUCUUCUGCACACGCUGGGGCUUCCCGCACUGCAUCGGGGCGCUGGACAGCCUGCACAUCCCCAUCCACCCGCCCCUGCGCCUCACCGCCGACUACUGCAACGGCCAGGGCUGGCACUCCAUCCUCACGCAGGCCACCGUGGAUGGGCUGGGGCAGUUCUGGGACGUCUCCACCGCCUUUCCAGGCAGCAUGGAGAACAGCGCGGUCCUGGAGAGCUCCAGCCUGUGGGUGCUGGCCAAGGAGGGCCGGCUGUGCCCCAACCCUCCCAAGCAUUUCAUGGGGAAGGCACAGAAGUACGUGCUGCUGGGCGAUGCCACGUACCCCCUGCAAGACUGGAUCCUCAAGCCCUACCAGGAGGAUGAGAACCUGACCCAGCGCCAGCUGCAGUUCAACUACCGCCUGAAGCGGGCCCACAGCGUGAUCGAGAACGCCUUCCUGCGCCUCAAGGCGCGCUGGCAGAUCCUCCUCAAGUGUGACGAUUGCAGCCUGGAGCUGCUGCCCACCCUCGUCCUCGCCUGCUGCAUCCUGCACAACGUCUGCGAGGCCCACGACAACCCCUUCAACGAGGAGUGGCUGGAGGGCACCGAGCCCACCGAGCUGCCCAAGCCCUGCCAGCCCGCGCCGGCCGCCAUGGAGGACAACCGGGCUGAGCAAGUGCGGGAGCUGAUGUGCCAGUACUUCGAGAGCUGCGGGGAGGGCUGAUGGGCCCGGGAGCAGCUGCCCUGCACAUCCCUGCUUGCAGACUCACCGUGGACUCUGGCAAACUGGCCCAGUGCUACCAGCUGUACCAGGAGGGCCCAGGGCGGGGAGGGGCGGCCGUGUCACGCUCGUCCUGGGUUUGCUGUCGAAGUUUCAGGCAGUGGAAUGUAUUUUGUUCUCAUUCUCUCUCCCAGGAUCUAAACUGUUUGGUGGUGUGUUGUGUGCUGCGGGAGUACAGUGGGGAUUGGGGCUGGGAGGAGGCGGCUGCUGGGAUCUCUCUUUCCUCUGUCUCAAAGCCUUUCCAUUAGACCAAAAUCAACAGGACCCUUGAAAUAAGGCGAAACUCCUUUGGAGGUUUGAAAGUUGCUGCGUAAACACACAUGGGAAGGAGAGGGAAGGAAGAAGUGGAGCAAUGGCUUGCAAGGGCUGACACCAGCCUGGAAUUAAGCUGCAUCCACAAACUCAGGGAUGUGCUGCCCUGAGGUUUGUCCAGCCUAGCACCCCCCAGCCCCUCUCCAGAGGGGUUUUGCUCAGCCUAGCACACCUGGCCUCUCUCCAGACAGGUUCGUCCAGCCUGGAACACCCUGACCCCCCUCUGGAGAGGUUCACCCAGCCUGGAACACCCCCGGUUCUUCUCCAGUGGGAUUUUGCCCAGCCUGGCAUCCCUGGCCCCUCUCCUGAGGGAUUUUGUCCAGUCUCACACCCCAGGUCCCUCUCAGGGUGGUGUUUGCCUCAGGGUUCUGGCACUGCCUGAACCCUCUCCGGUGGGAUUUCUCCCAGCCUGGAACACCCCCAGGCCCCUCUCAGGGUGGGCCUUGCCCAGCCUGGCAUCCCCAGCCUCUCUCCAGAGGGGUUUGCCCAGCCUGGCACCCCCUGCCCCUCUCCAGAGGAAUUUUGCCCUCCUUGGAACACCCUAGCCCCUCUCUGGAUGGGUUUGCCCAGGCUGUCACCCCCAGCCCCUCUCCGGAGGGGUCUGUGGCUCGGUUCCCGUGGCCCCGCCCGGCUCUGCGCUCGCUGCCCGGGCCCGGCCAUGCUGGGCAGCGCCCCCUGGCGGCCGCAGCGC